GGAGGCAGCCUGUGCGUGCGGAGCCUGCUGCAGGGCUUCAUGGGAAAUGUCAUUAGACAGUCUUGUUACUUUCCCACUGCCGCCUCUCGCUGCCAGAUGUUGUAGCCCCUCGUGAAGCCGCGCGGGCGGUGCGCGGGGCCAGCGAGCGCGCGAGUGCGCGGGGAGCAGGGAUGGCGGCCCGCGCGGAGCCAUUCUGCGACUGAGCUGGAUGGGGGGUGGGCUGUGGACGGGGGGGAGGAGGGGGGGCGUGAUCUGAGCUGCAGAAACGCGGUCCCGAUGUGCAAGAUGGAGUACGCAAGAGCCUGCAGAUAAGUUUCAUUGAGCUGUCUUUUGGUUUUGGCCCGUUCGUUCCUGCAAUUGCGUGCAAGAAGGGGCAGCUUCAGAUGCCCUGACUCGGGGGCAGGGUUGCUGACGGCGACGAGCACCAGCCAUGGGGUGUGUGUACUCUCUUCCCAAGGAGAGCAAGGCGGCUGCAGACAGGGCACCUUCCACACGCGAAACGAGUUUUAUUGAAAAGAUGAAGAAAACGGGGAAGAACAUCGUGGUGUUCUAUGGCUCCCAGACGGGAACCGCCGAGGAGUUUGCCAACCGGCUUUCCAAAGACGCCCACCGGUACGGGAUGAGAGGCAUGGCGGCGGAUCCGGAGGAGUACGACAUGGCCGAGCUCUCUCGCCUCUCGGAGAUCGACAACUCCUUCGCCAUCUUCUGCAUGGCCACCUAUGGGGAGGGGGACCCCACGGACAACGCCCAGGACUUCUACGACUGGCUCCAGGAGACGGACACCGAUCUGUCGGGCGUCAGUUACACGGUGUUCGGUUUGGGGAACAAGACGUACGAGCACUACAACGCAAUGGGGAAGUACGUUGACAAGAGGCUGGAGGAGCUCGGAGCCCAGAGGAUCUUUGACCUGGGCAUGGGAGACGACGAUGGCAACCUUGAAGAGGACUUUGUCUCCUGGAGAGAGCAGUUCUGGCCGGCUGUGUGUGAGCACUUUGGAGUGGAGGCCACUGGAGAGGAAUCCAGCAUCCGUCAGUAUGAGCUGGUAGUCCACACCGAUGUCAACAUGAACAAGGUGUACACGGGGGAGAUGGGCCGCCUGAAGAGCUUCGAGACGCAGAAGCCGCCUUUUGAUGCCAAGAACCCCUUCCUGGCCUCCGUCACGGUCAACCGGAAGCUGAAUAGGGGCGGAAGCCGUCACCUGAUGCACCUUGAACUGGACAUCACGGGCUCCAAGAUCAGAUAUGAAUCUGGAGAUCAUGUUGCCGUGUACCCCGUGAACAAUGCUGCGAUCGUUAACAAGAUUGGAGAAAUUCUCGGUGUGGACCUUGACACUGUAAUCUCUUUGAACAACCUUGAUGAGGAGUCCAACAAGAAGCACCCGUUCCCUUGUCCCACCUCGUACCGCACAGCCCUCACACACUACCUGGACAUCAGCAACCCGCCGCGCACCAACGUGCUGUACGAGCUGGCCCAGUACGCCACCGACCCCAAGGACCAGGAGACCCUGCGCAAGAUGGCGUCCUCGUCCCCCGAGGGCAAGGCUCUGUACCACCAGUGGGUGCCCGACGCCCGGAGGAACAUCGUGGCGAUUCUGGAGGACAUGCCGUCCCUGCGACCGCCCCUUGAUCACCUGUGUGAGCUGAUGCCCCGGCUGCAGGCGCGAUACUACUCCAUCGCCUCCUCCUCAAAGGUGCACUCCAACUCGGUUCACAUCUGCGCUGUGGUGGUAGAGUACGAGACCAAGACGGGUCGCAUCAACAAGGGAGUGGCAACCAACUGGCUGAAAAACAAAGUGGUGACCGAUAAUGGCCACAAGUCCACAGUGCCCAUGUACGUCAGGAAGUCCCAGUUCCGGCUGCCUUUCAAAGCCAGUAACCCGGUCAUCAUGAUCGGCCCGGGCACUGGCAUCGCGCCCUUCAUCGGCUUCAUUCAGGAGAGGGGCUGGCUGAAGGAGCAGGGUAAGGAGGUGGGCGAGACCGUGCUUUAUUAUGGAUGCCGCCACAAGAAUGAGGACUUCUUGUACCAGGAGGAGCUGGAGGCGUUUGAGAAGGCCGGAGUGAUUACUCAGCUCAAUGUAGCCUUCUCACGGGAUCAAGACCAGAAGGUGUAUGUGCAGCAUCUGUUGAAGGCAAACAAGGAACACUUGUGGAAACUGAUUCACCAUGAGAAUGCGCACAUCUACAUCUGUGGGGAUGCCCGAAACAUGGCCAGAGACGUGCAGAACACGUUCUACGAGAUCGUGACGGAGCUGGGGAGCAUGACUCACACCCAGGCCGUGGACUACAUCAAGAAGCUGAUGACCAAGGGCCGCUACUCCCAGGACGUGUGGAGCUAAGAGGAGGAGCAGUCAGUUCCUGCAGCGAUUCCCAGCUCCGUUUUUUUUUCCAGGGACGUGUGAAAAGAUUCUUGGUUGUAAAAGGUUAUCCCCCUGCACAAAAGCAACAGAAGACGAUUUUAUUUUUAAUUUUAUGUCUAAACUGACCUUUAACCAUGUGACAGCAAAGGGUCUGAAGAGUGGAUACAGGCAAAGCAGUGGGCGGGCAAUGAGUCUGAAACCACUGAGAAUUCACCUCGGAUUUGAGAAGGAAAAGGCAUCUUAAAUAUCAAUGAAAACCAUAUUAUUGUAAUAUCUUUAAUAUGCAGAGAAUCAAAGCAGCAAUGGUCUGUAAACUGGAAACAAGAAUAGGGAAAUAUGUAAUGAUUGUAUGCAGUUAGUUUGACUGGAACUAACAUUAGAGGUAAAUUACCGCAGACUCAAGACUGUUUUUGUGAAUGAAGAUCGAUCCAGCUGAAGAUGGAGCUGAAUUUUCUAGUGGAAGAAAUGACAGUUUGCAUGGAACAUGCUGGUCUCAGAAAAUCCUGAAAUUAAUCAAAAUUAGCUUGUAACUUAAAGGGAUUUUUAAGUAACUGGUUCACGUAUAGAAUACACUUAUAGGUAUGCAUUAUGAGUCAGAUCUGAUCCUCAGUGCCUGCUGCAACAUGUUCAAAUGUGAUGCAGUGAAGAACAAUGAGGAAAGUUGGACAGAUGAGUUGUCGUCAAGUGUUUCUGUAGCCUUAUCUCUCUUUGAGGAGACGGUCUUUGCAUUUUAAAUUGUAAAAGAAAUGGCCAGGGGAUGCCUUUUGCAUCAUGGUAGCUCUCUGUGUGCAAUCUGUAUACCGAAAAGUACUGUGCAGUAAUAGGAUUUAUACUAACUGGCAUUAGCUGUGUUUGCAAAGAAAGUUCCACACUUGAUACCCAAGACAGGAAAGCUAGCAUUAUGCCAUAGGCAGACUUCCUGACUCUUGCAGUGAAUAGUCACUUUUCCUGUAGAAAAUGUUGAAAGUAGCAGGCCACUUACAAACUUGAACUCUGCCUCCAGCAGCCAGUACAGUUCAGGAAUCAGUGCACCUCGAUGAAAUAUUAUUUCUCCUUUAAAGUGAUGACAAGACAUUUAAUCAAAAGGCAUUUUAAAAAUCAGUUAUAUUUUACAGCUUUUAUAUUUGUGUACUCCAGCCUGUAAAGCUUUAGGUGAGUGUGCUGCUGCUGUGUUGGAAACUGGGAAAAUGUUUUCUAUUUCCAUAACAAAUCCGGGACCCUAUUCCUGGUUGGAGCACGACUGUGUGCGGAGUGUACAGAUUCGUUCGUAGGGGAAUGUAGAUAUGCGUGUCGGGAAGGAGGGGGCUCUCGAGGUUUCCUCUGCGGGUUCGAGCGGGAGUCUAUGGCGGAUGUCUGGGCAGAGUUGUGGCCGGUCUCCUGCAGGGUCGCGGAGAGAGGCGUGUGGCUCCUUCACCGGGGGGGAGGCUGCAUGGCCUUAAACCACUAGACAUCCGGACGUAAAACUGGUGAUUCCAGACAUGUAUACCGGAUUCCAAAGGGAAUAGAGUUCGUUUUGCCUUUGCUCACAAACUUGGCUUUAAUGCAAAAUCACCAGUUUCUUUUUCCUCCCUCCAUGAUGAGGAGAAAAGUCAACUGGAGAGGAGUUGUGGAGGAAACUCGCUAAUUUGUCAGCAGGAUUUUGAGGAGAGUAAAAGCUUGCUGGCGGUGUGUUUCCGUGAAGGGAGAACGGAAAGAUACACUUCAGAAAAGCAGAGCUGGAUGACGCUGCCUAUGUCUGCUACAGAUACACCUGUGGUUCAUGUGGGCAUCAUUCUUGGCUGCUUUACUGAGAUAAGGUUCUGAUUUUACCUGCUUGUAUGAUUUGUAAUAUCUGAUAAAGGUGGCAUUUAAUUUGACGGUGUCGCACAUCAAUCUCAGCAGAAGUGCUAGCUAUUACCAAGAGUUGGCUGGAGUUUCCCCAUUCAAAGGUCCUAUGCCAUAUGUUUUAAAGUAAAUUUGACAACAUGCUGUGAUACCUUGUACUGUAUUGAGCUGUAACCUUUGAAUUUCCAUUUUUUUGGCAAGAUUUUGCAUAGAAAUGGUGAUGGAACUGAAAUGAAGGCAAGUUCAUUUACCAAAUACUGCCAUCGAUUCCAUUAUAUUUGAAUCUUAAAGAAAAUGUUAACACAUUUGGUAUAGUUUGAAAUACCCUGUAACCAAACACUCUGAUGAAAGCAUUUUCACACCGUGGAAUAUAUUUUCUUUAUCCAGAUGUUUUCAACAGGUGGCACAGAUGUGGGUUCUAAUAAACUUUGUAUCAAUGGAAAGGCUCCCCACUUAUUCCUCUCUGUUUUUCUUGGAUUCCUUAACAAGAAACAUUUAAGCGUUUUCAGAGUGACAUUUUGCAAGUGAAAAGCCCUCUUGCAGUCUGAGGUCCUGGUUUCUGACUGUAACUAUAUAGGAAGAAGGUGGCUGCUGUACCAGGGCCUGUGUGUUUUGAUAUUGCUCAUCAGUGCUUCUGGACUCAAUGGCUUUCAAUGAUGCAGCCCUAAUGUUAGUCACUUAACCUGACCAUUAACAACAAUUAAUUUUUUGGAGUUAAACAAUGGUUGUAACAUGAUGUCUUGUGUUCCUUUUGUCUAGUCGCGGCUUGAUUACAUUUUAUAUGCAAUCGUUUUUUUUUAAACGUUAUUAAAAUAGAGAUGAAAAUUGUCA